AUGGAGUUGCUGCUAAGCUUUUGGGGACCAGAAAGUACCAGGUCUAUUUCUUUGAAGUAUAAUCCAUCCGAGGCAGUGAAGCAUAAUGGGAGUCUAUAUGCUCAUGUUUUCUUUGCACGUUCUGGGUAUUCACCCGAUCCAAAUGAUCCCGAGUAUCAGCCAUUGGCUGCUUUUGGUCAGACAUAUUCUGUUGUGAAAUAUUUGCCCAAAUCUAAAGCAGACAAGAAGAAGAGCCUUUUAAAAAAUUCUGAGGACUCAAAUGAGGGUCUUACCAUUCCUGAGGCAGUUCAAGAAGCACAAGAUGAUAAGGAGGAUGCUCCUGUUGAGUGGAUUUCAUAUUGGAAACCUAAUGUUACAAUCAACUUGGUCGAUGAUUUUACAAGAUACACUGGAAAUGCGAUUCCACCUAUUGUUGCUCCUUAUAUGAAUAUCGAAUCCACAACAGGAAACUACUAUCCGACCGUUUUCUUCAAUGAGUUUUGGUUACUUAGGGAUAAAUUAAUAGCUCUCAAUGAAUCAGUAACUGAGGUGCCUCUGCAUUUAGAGGUGAGCCCCAUGAGCAUGACAAAAUGGCAGCUAUUCCUGCAGAUUGACCAAUCCUUCCAGGUUCAUCGUAGUUAUGGUAGCAUGCUCGAGGGGGAGUCUGAUGAACUAAAGAGAGUUUUUUUGGAAGGAAAUCCAUACCUUUUGGGAGUGACCAUGAUGGUCUCACUACUGCAUUCAGUAUUUGACUUCUUGGCGUUCAAGAAUGAUAUUCAAUUUUGGAAUAAAAACAAAUCCAUGGAAGGGUUGUCUGCAAAAUCAGUCAUAGUGAACUUUAUUUGCCAGCUCAUUGUCUUCCUGUACUUGCUUGAUAAUGAUACUUCAUGGAUGAUACUUGCAAGUUCUGGUAUUGGUUGUUGUAUAGAGUUCUGGAAAAUAGGGAAGGCGAUGCACAUUGAGAUUGACAGAUCUGGUAGAAUACCUAUGUUGAGGUUCCGAGAUCGGGAAUCGUAUGCUGGAAAUAAGACGAAAGAAUAUGAUGAUCUUGCCAUGAAGUAUUUGUCCUAUGUGUUGUUCUUCCUUGUCGUGUGCUUUUCCAUAUACUCUCUAAUGUAUGAACGUCACAAGAGUUGGUACUCGUGGAUCCUCUCAUCCAUGACAAGCUGCGUCUAUAUGUUCGGUUUUGUUAUGAUGUGUCCCCAGUUGUUCAUCAAUUAUAAGCUGAAGUCUGUUGCUCAUUUACCUUGGAGGCAGAUGACUUACAAAUUUCUCAAUACCAUUAUUGAUGAUUUGUUUGCAUUUGUAAUAAAAAUGCCAUUGCUACAUCGCCUGUCUGUGUUCCGUGAUGAUCUUAUAUUUUUAAUAUACCUAUAUCAGAGAUGGGUUUAUCCAGUGGAUAAGAAACGAGUCAAUGAGUUUGGUUUCGCUGGGGAGGAUACGGAUCAAGCUUCUAGUAGUUCAGAAACUUUAGCACUGAAAGAAGACGAAAAGAAAACUAACUAAGCUGAAUUUCGCUUACGUUUUACUACAGCAUCAAUGAACUAUGGAGUUUGGUUUUGGAAUGUUCUCAGAAAUGAGUAGCUUCAUCGAGAAUCUGAGAUGACAGACAGCGGCUUGAGAGGUAUUUCUGGCACUUCCAGGACAUUAAGCUUCCCCUGACUUUCCUUAAGAUCCUUUUCUUCAGUUUUUUUUGAAGCCAUAGUACCAGAAUCUAUUGUCAUAGGUUUUUUGAGUUUGUUUUUCUUUUAUUGCUUGUUGGAAUCAUGUUUCGGGUGUAACUAAGAUAACUGCUUAGUGACUUUAAUUUACUUGAUAUUUUUGACAAUCGUCAUUCAGAAAAUUUUCAAAUA